AUGCCUCAUUACGAGAACUUUUUUCCACUACAGAUUCUUCUCAAACUUGAAAAUCUUCAACCUAUUGGAUCUUUCAAGCUUCGUGGAGCUUGCAAUGCCAUUGAGCAGUUAUCUGCUGCUGAGCUUGUAGAUGGUGUGUAUACAGCAAGUGCAGGUAACUUUGCUCAGGGUCUUUCCUGGAAUGCCAGACAACGCCACCUGCCUUGUCAAGUCAUAGUUCCAGAGACUGCCCCAGCAGCCAAACUGGAUGCUAUCUCUAGGCUUGGAGGGAUAAUAACCAAGGUUCCUUUUGACAGAUGGUGGAAGAUCAUCCAAGACAAACACAUGGAAGGCAUGAUGGGACACUUCAUACAUCCAGUGGUGGAUCCACACGUCAUGGCAGGUAAUGGCACAGUAGGACUUGAAAUACUGGAGGAUGUCCAUGGCGUGGAUGCCGUACUAAUUCCAUAUGGGGGAGGCGCUCUGUGUGCUGGCAUAGCCACUGUUGUCAAGGCCAUCAGUCCCAAGACUAAGGUGUUUGCUUGUGAGGUAGAGACUGCUGCUCCCCUGAAGGCUGCCCUUAUAGCUGGUCAGGUCAUUGAAUGUGACUACUCACGCAGCUUUGUUGACGGAAUAGGCAGUAAGAGCGUCUUGUCAGACAUGUGGCCUAUUGUCCAGGACCUGCUGGACGACUCUCUGGUGGUGAGCCUAGAGCAAAUAUCUGAGGCUAUCAAACUAUUGGUAGAGAGGAAUCAUAUAGUGGCUGAGGGUGCUGGAGCAGCCCCUGUGGCUGCAGCUCUGGCUGGUCUUGCAGGCCAUGGAAAAAUUGUCUGUGUUGUAUCUGGCGGUAAUAUUAACUCUGGUCAUCUCAUCAAGAUUUUACAAGGGCAAUUACCAAACUAGGCAAAACUUAAGUAUUUAUUCAGUGACUGUUAGAAUCAAUUAAAACUCCUUUGAUUCAGCCAGACGUUUGCUGAACUAAAAACAGAUGUAAAGAUGAGAGCGACUCAAAAAUCUCUGAAUUAAAGGAAACUGUUGAGACAUCGAAUGAGGAGACAAAUGAAGACGCACAAGUAAGAGGGGUAUUAUUUCCUGUCUAUGGGAAAGAGGACGGCAACAAAGGGGAGACAACCAAAGAGACCAUUUAGAAAAUAAUGGAGAAUACUUCAGGAUAAACUAUACUUUGCAAAUAAAUGCAUCUGAUGUUGACACUGCUCACAGGCUGGGCUCCUAUACCCCAGUCUGGGCCCCUAUACCCCAGCCAGGGCCCCUAUACUCAGGAGAGUAAAUUCAUGACGGUUAAUGAAAAGACUGAAACCACCUGAAGGAGAAAAUGCUGCAGGGAUCGAUUUGGAAUUGUGAUCAAAGAACUGACAGGACAGAAUCGCCAUCUUUUGAAAAAUGCCAUAUCACACAGCCUGGCUGAUUCACCAUGGUCCAAUGGAAGAACAGUCUGGGGCCAGAUCACGCAUUAUUUGUUAUUUGUUUUUGUCUUUCUUUUCUGCUCUGAAAAAUAAUUGAACUCUCUGUGGACUUUUUCAUGUGAUAUAAAGCUUCAGAUAUUAGUGUGAUAUUGUUUUACAGAAACAAUAAAGACAGUCUAUACCGAGUACAGAAACACUGUAGUUUAAUUCCCUGGAAUAAAUACCAGGAUAAGACUUAAGUUUUAUUUCUGGCCAUUUCUCUCUUAUACGAAAGAUAUAUAUCUGCACAUUUUCUGACAAAUGUCACAUAUACAUAUCCCUAACAUUCAAUUCUGGUGGUGUUGAAGGAGGAGAAAAUCAUAUUGUGCAAAAAUUACCCGAAGCAUUUAUUCUAUAAUCAUUCUCUUCUUUACAAGUAACAACGUCAAGCCAGAUAGAUAUCAGGAAAGCUUGAUUGUAUAAAGACAUUGCUGUGUACUAAUGUUUGAGUCAGAUAUGCAUGUUUCAUCACACAUACGUGCACCCAUCCAUACACACAUACAUACCAUGCAUACAUACACCCACCCAUACACACAUACAUAUCAUGCAUACAUACACUCACCCAUACGUGCACCCACCCAUACACACAUAUAUAUCAUGCAUACAUACACCCAUCCAUACACACAUACAUAUCAUACAUACAUGUACCCACCUGUACAUACAUACAUACAUACAUAUCAUACAUACAUGCACCCACCUGUACAUUCAUACAUAUCAUGCAUACGCACACCCACCCGUACAUGCAAUGAUGCAUACAUGCACCAACCCGUACAUACAUAUAUCAUACAUACAUGUACCCAUGCAUACAUACAUACAUAUCAUA